GUUGAAGGUGAAAUGAUAAGCUUGCGAUGGAGGAAGCUGGCUUCCUAAAUUGUGUAAGUGUUCCUUGUGGAGCACCACAAAAGGCUUCUGCCAGAGAAUUACCACCACGGGAAAAGGACACGGGAUAUCAGUAUAUAUGGAACUGCAAAGAGCACUUGGAUAAGGUUUCUCGCAUUAUCCUGGCAACUGAUGGUGAUGUACCCGGCCAAGCCUUGGCUGAAGAGCUAGCACGCCGUCUUGGAAAAGAGAGAUGCUGGCGUGUCCAAUGGCCGAAGAAAGAUGAGCUCUGUUGCUUCAAUGAUGCAAAUGAGGUUCUCAAGUUUCUGGGUGGAGAUGCUCUGAAGGAAGUAAUUGAAAAUGCGGAGUUGUAUCAGCUACAAGUUCCAGACCGAGCAAUGCAGUGUACAUAAAGCUCAUAUGAAACACAUUAAUUAAAGAC